GAGACAGGGAACGGGGGACGUAGCGGGCAGCGGCGUGGACUCGGACGGGGCUUGUGUGUCCGCUGCGGGCGGGUGGCGCCACCGUCCCGGACAUGAGCGGCCCGGAGCCGGGCGAGGGGACCCUUGUCCGCUGCAGCCGCGGCCUGUGCGAUGCUGCUGACAGUGUCCCGGGGAACCCAGGCCGGCUGCCCGGCGAGGAAAGCUCGGCGACCGUGGUGACAGGUGAGGGCCGCGCGGAGAGCCUGGCGAGCCCGGCGCCCCGGGGUGUCGGGGGGCUUGACCCUCCGAUGCGGGGGACCGCAGCCGGGCAGGGAGAGACUCCGCCUCCCGCCGAGGGUCCCCCGGCAGCUGCGUCCGCGGCUCCGGAAGACGGGGAGCAGGCCCUGGAAACUCGGGGCGCGGAGGCCCAGGCCGACGGCGCGGAGGCCGAACGGGGCACCGUCGCGGUGGCCGCCGCCGAGGAGCAGUCUGCAGUGGCGGCGGAAGGGAAGGAGGAGGAGGGGAUGGAGGUGGAGGAGGAGGCAGGGCCCUGGCACCUGGGCAUCAAUCUCCGCAUGAACCCUCUGGAGGCCAUCCAGCAGGAACUGGACACCGUGAAUGCUCAGGCUGACCGGGCCUUCCAACAUCUGGAGCAGAAGUUUGGGCGGAUGCGGCGACACUAUCUGGAGCGGAGGAACUACAUCAUUCAGAACAUCCCAGGCUUCUGGAUGACGGCCUUCCGGAACCACCCUCAGUUGUCCGCCAUGAUCAGGGGUCAGGAUGCAGAGAUGUUGAGGUACGUAACCAACCUGGAGGUGAAGGAACUCAGACACCCUAAGGCCGGCUGCAAGUUCAAGUUCUUUUUUCGAAGAAACCCCUACUUCAGAAACAAGCUGAUCGUCAAGGAAUACGAAGUGAGAUCUUCAGGUCGGGUGGUGUCCCUUUCCACUCCGAUCAUCUGGCGGAGAGGACACGAGCCUCAGUCCUUCAUUCGCAGAAACCAAAACCUCAUCUGCAGCUUCUUCACCUGGUUUUCUGACCACAGCCUUCCAGAAUCUGACAGGAUCGCGGAGAUUAUCAAAGAGGACCUGUGGCCAAACCCACUGCAAUACUACCUGUCGCGUGACGGAAUCCGUCGACCCAGACGUCGCCCGAUAAGAGAGCCGGUGGAGAUUCCCAGGCCCUUUGGCUUCCAGUCAGGCUAACCCUUGUCUUUGAAAAGACCACUGAAGCAAGUCCCUUCUCGCCUGCGCUUGAGCAAAUGCAACGGGUAUGCCGUGUUUUUGAUUUUUUUUUUUUCCCUGCUGACUUUUCUGCAUCUGCUGCCUCAAGAUGAAGACCAUAGACAUGCUUCCGCUUUCACAUGGCUACCGUGCUGUUCGGUAUUAGUGUCUGCUUGUUCGAGGCCACGGUUCAUUCCCUUUCUGAGCCUCACACGUGGUACUGAAGGCUGCACUGUUUUCACACUGCUUGGACCCUGUUGUGUUCACUCUGCCUCCUGUUUACUGCCUCCUGGAUUUUUUUUUGCUUUGUCUAGGGGGCCCUUUCUGUUUACCUGUUGAGCGUGUAGCAAUAUGGACACCAAGUUUGCAGACAAUUACUGGGCGUUAAUGAUGGAGAAAAGGAGUGAGCCGCCUUCUGUGGGGUUUUUGUGACUUUAUCUGCACCACUUUCCAAUACUGCUUGCUGUUGGCUAUACCAAGCUCCAUUGGCACUUGCCAAGGUUCCUCACACUCACUCUACCAUCUUUCUCCUGUUACUUUAAAUGAAAAGAUGUAGUUCAGAAAUCCUGUAAGAUCAGGAUUUGUAGUCCAUUUAGACUGGUAGUAUUUCCAGAGAGGAACUCAAUAACUGCCUUGUCUCCUCUCUUCCCAACUCCCCAGCCUGGUUAGCAAGUCCUAGCAGGCUAAUAGGGAGCUGGGACUGGGGGGGGGGCAUUGUGGUGGGUACCCUAAGCAGGGAAAGUGAACUGAAAAGGGUUAGGAUCAAAGUAAGUCAUAAAAAUGGGGCUGAAGAUGAACACAGGGCUGACAGAGCUUUAGUCCUAGGUGGCUAAUGGUGAUGUGAAAAAUAACUUCCUCAGGAUUGUAAGAAACAGUACAAAUUUGGGUUAUUUUUCUCUUUUUAUAUGUAGCCUGAUGUAUCUGAAAGAGUAAUGUUGUGCCCAUAUUUUACCAACAUUUAGUAAAAUGCUACUUGUUUCUAUUUACUGGGAAAGUUUAAAUACUUUCUUUUGCAUUUAUUUGAAACCAUUUGGAAGAACAAUAGUCUUGACAAUACUUAGACUUAAAUGAAUAUUCAUAACAAUUUUAGUAUUAAUCUAAAUUCUUAGAAACGUAGUUUAGAUAAUUUGGUCUUUAUCAAGUUUGUCCAAUUGUCUUCAUGGAAAAAUAGGUGUAUGAUUGUUUUGGUAGCCUCUUAAACUGCACAAGAGUUGUACUCUGUCAGAUUAGAACUAGACUAUGAGUAUAUUUGUCCCUUAUAUGCAAGAUGGUAAAUAAAAGCAUGGCACUCUG